AUGGCAGAGGCAACCCUUCAUAAUGUACCGAUUGUCAUUGACAAUGGCAGUGGAACAAUUCGAGCCGGUUUUGCGGGCGAGGAAAUCCCAUCAUGCUAUUUCCCGUCCUUUGUUGGCCGACCGAAACACCCGCGGGUGAUGGCCGGUGGACUGGAGGGAGAUUCAUUCAUCGGCCAGCGCGCGCAAGACCUGCGCGGUCUUUUGAAGAUUCGAUACCCGCUCGAGCAUGGCAUCGUCACAAAUUGGGAAGACAUGGAAUCCAUAUGGCACUAUGUCUACGAGAACGAGCUCAAGACCCUCCCUGAAGAGCACCCCGUGCUUCUGACUGAACCACCUCUGAACCCUCGCGCGAAUCGUGAUAUGGCCGCCCAGCUCAUGUUCGAGGCAUUCAACGUGCCUGCUCUGUACACAUCUAUUCAAGCGGUCCUGUCACUAUAUGCGUCAGGGCGCACGACGGGUGUGGUGCUGGACUCGGGAGAUGGAGUCUCUCACGCGGUUCCCGUCUUUGAGGGUUUCGCCAUUCCCAACAGUAUCCGGAGAAUUGAUGUGGCCGGUCGCGAUGUGACUGAGCAAAUGCAAUUACUCCUGCGCAAAGCUGGCCAUGUCCUGCACACUAGCGCCGAGAAGGAAGUGGUGCGAAUGAUCAAGGAGAAAGUCUGCUAUGUGUCUCUUGACCCGAAGAGGGAAGAGAAGGAGUGGAUGAACAACUAUCACAAGUCGGACGCAAAGGGAAUCGAUUACACAUUACCCGACGGUCACAAGAUCAAGAUCGGGCAAGAGCGAUACCGUGCCCCUGAAAUCCUGUUCGACCCCGAGUUGAUCGGGCUCGAGUACCCCGGUGUCCAUCAGAUUGUACAAGACGCCAUCACCCGCACUGAUCUCGAUCUUCGCAAGUCAUUAUACUUGAAUAUUGUCCUCUCGGGCGGCUCCACGCUAUGCAAGAACUUCCCCGACCGAUUGAUGCGCGAAAUCAAGAGACUGGCCGUGGAGGAUAUGAAGAUCCGAAUCUCUGCACCGGCAGAACGCAAGUACACAACGUGGAUCGGCGGAAGCAUUCUCGCCGGUCUCAGCACAUUCAGAAAGAUGUGGGUGAGCGCGGAUGAGUGGCAUGAAGACCCCGAGAUUAUCUUCAAGCGAUUUGCCUAG